CCAGACUCUGACUUUUUCGGCGGCUCUCGGGCUCCUCCGCAGCUAUGUCUCUUCUACUGCUGGUAGUCUCGGCCCUUCACAUCCUCAUCCUCAUCCUGCUUUUCGUGGCCACUUUGGACAAGUCCUGGUGGACCCUCCCUGGGAAGGAGUCCCUGAACCUUUGGUAUGACUGCACGCGGAAUAGCAGCUUGGAAGCAUGGUCCUGCAGUAAUGUCAGCGAGAAUGGUUGGCUGAAGGCUGUUCAGGUCCUCAUGGUGCUCUCCCUCAUCCUCUGCUGCCUCUCCUUCAUCCUAUUCAUGUUCCAGCUAUAUACCAUGAGACGAGGAGGGCUCUUCUAUGCCACCGGCUUUUGCCAGCUUUGCACCAGCUUGGCAGUGUUCUCCGGAGCCCUGAUUUACGCCAUCCACGCAGGGGAGAUCCUUGAAAAAUAUCCAUCUGGGGGCACCUUUGGCUACUGCUUCGCCCUGGCAUGGGUGGCCUUCCCCCUUGCCCUAGUCAGCGGCAUCAUCUACAUCCACCUGCGGAAACGGGAGUGAAAGCCCUGCAUCGCCCCUCGACAGC